AUGUCAGCAGACUCUCCAUGUAAAGCGUCCAAAAACCUGAUUGGCAAGAUAGUGCUGCCCGGCCCCAUUGUCGAUCGAUCUAUCAUCGACAGUGUUGCUGGGUUCAUUAAUGACGUCGUCCCUCAUGGAUAUUCUAACAUUUUAAAUGUAGACAGUAGAGAAAAAAUUCUGUGGACGCAAUUUGAAACACUAGAAGCUAAUGAAUUCCCUUCAAACUUUGAGAAUGAUGAAUCGCUCAUGUCUGGUGUAUCACCAAUACUUCUUAUUUUGGGUUAUGGAUUUGGUGUUCAAGUAUGGUUUAUUGGUGCCAACGGUGAAGCAUAUGAAGUUUUAUCUUGGUCGCAAGGAGUUGUCAAGAUUUUAAAAUUCAUACCUUCACCAUUGCCGGAAUUGAAAUUUCGACAAGAUCCAUUUGCUCAUAAAAGGCCAUUAAUUGCACUGUGUGAUAACUCUGGCGCUGGACCACAGUUUUGUUCUGUCAGUUUUAUAUCAUUAACAUGUGGAGAUGUGGUUAAAACAAUUAAAUUUAAAAAUACUGUAGUUGAUAUUGCUGUAAAUAGGUUUGCUAUAGCAGUAGUAUUUGUAGAACGAAUUGCAGUGUUUGAUGCCCUCACUGUGGAAGACAUAACUACAAUUACUACAUGUUAUCCUAGUCCUGGAAUUAAAUUAAACCCAAUCGCAUUGGGAACAAGGUGGUUGGCGUAUUCAGAUCAAAAGUUGAUCUCUUGGAACCGAUCUACAGGUGGAUAUGAGGGCGAGAAUGGCCAUUCAUAUACAGCUACGGUUUUACAUGCAGCAAAAUCAUUAAGCCAAAGUUUGAGAGAUUUAAGUGGCUCUGUAGCAAAUAGUAUUACAGGCGUGCACAAUUCAAAUUCAACUCAUAACAUAUCAGUUGCAAAUGACUCUAAUCAAAUGAAUCCAGGAAUAAUUACCAUAAUUGAUAUCAAAAAUAAAGUGUUAAAGGAAAAUACCCCACAAGGCCCUGAUAUUAUUGCUCAUUUUUCAGCACACUGUGAGGCUAUUGUGGCCUUAAAUUUUGACCAGUCUGGUCUCAUGUUAGUGACUGCUGAUAAAAACGGUCAUAGAUUUAACGUUUUCAAAAUACAUCCUAGUAUAUUAGGUUCUUCAUUUGCAGCUGUUCAUCAUUUGUAUACGUUACAUAGAGGUGACACAACAGCUAAAAUUCAAGAUAUUCAAUUUUCAAGUGAUUCAAGAUGGGUGGCUGUAAGUUCACUUAGGGGAACAACUCAUAUAUUCCCAAUUACACCUUAUGGAGGACCUAUUGGUCUACGUACCCAUUCAACACCACACAUUGUAAAUAAAUUAUCAAGGUUUCAUCGCAGUGCUGGUUUAGUGACUGAUGGUCGAAACAGUCCUGUAAUGACUGAAUCAUUACAGAGUUCUCAAAUUGUGUUGCCAUACUCUAAUCCUUGUGUGGCACCCGUACCACAUUCAAUUAUUGUACAUUCAUUGUGCCAAAUCCGAUCACAAAGUAAUAAGUUAAAACCUGACGAAACUGGGAUAACAACAUAUAUUAGACUGUCUACUUGUUUUUCUCAUGGUCGUGUAUUGGAUACAGCUAUGAUCAGAGAAAUGUCUAACAUUACUUAUAAUCCCAAGAAAAAUAUUGCAGAUUCUCUAUAUGUGAUGACUAGCAAUGGCAUUCUUACACAAUAUGAUAUGUAUCCUAUGCAUUCAAAUGCAAUAUCCAAAGAAAAAAUAUUUGAUGAUACAAUGAUAGAACUAAACAUUGAACCAAAAACCGAGUGGAAUCUGUACAAACCACCUCUUCAUGCAUCUACUGUUAACCCCCCAUUAAAUCGGGGUAACCCGUUGUUAGACCUUUAUAUAAAUUUUCCUGUCACGAACCUGUCAAAUAUUUCUGAAAAGAAUUCUUUAGAAAGCAUUGAUGAACGUUGGCUAUCUCAAGUGGAAAUAAGUACACAUGCAGGCCCACACCGACGCCUUUGGAUGGGACCACAAUUUGUAUUUAAAACUUGUGGUUCUUCAUUAGGGAGAUCAGAAUCUGAUACUCAAUUGAGUGAAAUUGAAAAUGUAUCAUUGUUAUUAAAAUCAAAUCCUGUUAGUGUUCCACAAAAUAAUAUCAACAGACAGAGCACUCCUGUGUUCAUUGAAUGCGGCUCAAAUAAUAGUUUUGAUUAUUCACCAAAAUUUUUAGACUUAAAUCAAGGCGAUUCAUCUGAUGUAUCAUCUGAUCAAGGUGAAAUUAAAAUAUUGGAAGAUUUGGCAGAAGCCAUGAAUGAAAAUCUUCAAAUUAAUAAAUCAGAACAUUCAGAACCCGAGGUAAUCGAGGAGAGUGACCAAAUUCUAACUCAAAUAAUGUCUACAAAAAAAUGUAAAAAAGCUAAAAAGAAAAAAAACAAGUAA